AUGGGGAUCGGUGAUUACGGACUAUUGUCUGCCAGUUUAGCGAGUUUAGCGUGCUGCCUGUUUGGGAAACCCGAGCAAGGCUUUGAACGCCGACAAAGCCACCCGAGUAAGAUGUUUCUUGCUAUUUUCUUGUCUGUGAGGUACACCGAACCAAAAUAUUCCGCCUCACUCUUGCAUGAUGCAUUUGAGACGCAUGACAAUAAAAUCGAGCUAUCUUGGAAAUCUCUUCCACCUACAUCUGUUUAUAUAAACCUGGGAUAUCCUCGAGGGCCCCCAAAUUCGGCAUCGCUCUUCAUGUUGAAGUUCGGAAUGGCAUCAACUCCCCCAGGAUUUUCUAAUAUGCAACAGAUGUCGACGGAUCAUUUAAAUGCUCGCUUUACGCAAAACCAGUACAACAAACUCCCCACCCUCUCGGCGGUGAACCCACUCCAAACGCAGCAGCAGCCACCCCUGGUGCCUCCCUCGUACCUGUAUGAGCACCAGGAUUUCAUGCUGUCUGAUCCGGCGGACUACAUCGGCCUCUCCCCGCCUAUCUACUAUAAUACACAGUCGCUUGGAACGCCGAACCGGUACAGCAAGCCGGGCGAUAUGUUUUACCAGUUUCCGCAGCAGAGGGCCCAGGCCGCGCCCCGCGUACCAUCUCUGGGCAUGCCACAGACGUAUAUGCCGGUACUUGGCGACCACAGAGCAACCGCGUCCACGAAAACGUCCAAGUCGGGAGCAGUGUACCCAUGCCGGAUAUGUGGUAAAGUGUUCCCCAAACCGUACAACCUGAAAUCGCACCAGAAGACGCAUUCCAACGAGAAACCGUUCCCUUGCAAGUACUGCUCGAAACCGUUCGCCAGGUCGCACGACAGACGUCGACACGAGAAACUGCACGAGAACGACAAGAAGCUCAAAUGUGGAGGCCUUUUGAGCGACGGGAAAACCACCUGGGGGUGCAACCGGAAGUUUGCGCGCCCGGACGCGCUCCGCAGACACUUCCGGACAGACACCGGCGUGGCAUGCAUCCGUCCGCUAAUGCUCGAUUUCCGCAAUUCGAAGCAAGUCUACGAAGAGCCCACCGAGGAAGACACAGAGCAGGUGAUCAACGAUAUAGCGCGCGAGGCCGCCAUUGAGGCACUCAGCGUCAACAAUAACCGUGCGGGUGACCACGACACCAGCUCUCCAAAUUAG